CUUUCCCCGCGCAGAGCGGCGGCCUCCGGUUGGCGGCCCCCCCCAAGAGCUCCGUUUCCUCCGUUGCAGAUGGGAGGGUGGGGACCGAGCGCCGCGAAGGGGCGCCCUGCUCCUGAGGGGGGGGCGUCUUCCCCGCCGCGGUGUUGGUGACGUCGCUGGAGGGCUGGCGCCGACCGACCGACCGACCCACCGACCGACCGACCGACCGGGACGCCCUGGGGGUGAAUGGCCGGUGGCGGCCACCUCCCGCUGGGUUAGGCCGGUCCUCUGAGGCCCGGGUUGUGACGGCCACGCUGGCGAGCGCUGACGAGACGGCGGAGCAGAAUUGCCGUGGGGGUCGCGUUUGGUCCUUGUAGGCCGUGGUUGUGCCGCUUCACUCGGAAGGUCCAGGGCUGGGCGGGGGCCGAGGAGCUUCGCGGGAGCCCGGGUUGUCCGGGCGCCCACCCUGGAAGCUGGACAUUGGUUAAAGAACCCUUUUCGUGUAGCGUUUUUUCCCAGUUGGGAAGGAAGACGCAGGCGUGUUAGAAGCCCGUCUUUGGGCACAGGGCCUUUUUAAAGUGGGAAAGUAAGCUGCCUGGCGGACAUCGUACCGAACCGGGCGUGGGGCGGUUCCAGAGGCAGCAGGGGCAUCUGUGGCUUGCUUCUGAUUGUCAGUGUUGCCAUCUCUUUGUCUUCAGCCAGGACAGGGAAUUCCAGGGGGAUGGCCGGUUGCAGUUUUCUCAUUUUUCGUAACUGCCUGGUAGAGAAGCAAGGGAACCAUGACUUUUAAAUUAAGGCUCCCAUCUUUGUGUCCUCGAGAGCUGUGUGUAUAAUGGUUGAGCAGGGCUUCUGGGGCUGCUCGGCCAGUUCCUUGCCCUGUCACUUUCUUGCUUGUCUCAUACACCUGGGACGUGUUCUCAGCCUCCCGGGGACUCAUUUCCCUUGUCUGGAGCAGUAGGAUCUACCUCACGUGGUGGGGUGAGGGCUGACUCAUUGUACCUGUUUACACUCCCGGGAACUUAUCUCCCUUGUUUGGGACCUUACUGACCUCAGUCCCAAGGCCCCUUGCCACCGUCACCAGCCCGUCUUCCACCCAGGUUCUCGGGCUGACAGCACUUCUGGUCAGUCCUUAGAGCUCCUCUCAUGGGUGUGGAGCUGGCCCCCUUCCCGCUGGGCUGAGCUUAAACAGGCACAAUGCCUAGCUCAGUGCCUGGCAUAAAUUGAGCUGUUCCUGUCGCCGAGGUGAUUGGAAACAGUCAUUAAGCUCUGUGACUACAUGAAACUGAGAUAAGCUACGUUCUGUAAUGAGUAAUUGGGGGCUUCAGAGAAGAUUCAGGUAUGUAGGACAUGUGACAUCAAGGUAGUGACGCUUUUGUCUGAUGUCUUUCCACAGUGCUUCUGGGGCUAGUGUCUGUGUGUAACACGGUUGUGUAGAUUGAUGUCCGUACACUGGUGCACAGGCUGGUGUCUUUGUGUGGCACAGUCCUGUAGAUUGAUGUCUGUACGUUGGUGCACAGGCUGGUGUCUGUGUGUGACAGUCGUGUAGAUUGAUGUCUGUACGUUGGUGCACAGGCUGGCGUCUGUGUGUGACACAGUCGUGUAGAUUGAUGUCCGUGUGUUGGUGCACAGGCUGGCGUCUGUGUGUGACACAGUCCUGUAGAUUGAUGUCCGUGCGUUGGCGCACAGGCUGGUGUCUGUGUGUGACACAGUCAUGUAGAUUGAUAUCUGUGUGUUGGUGCACAGGCUGGUGUCUGUGUGUGACACAGUCAUGUAGAUUGAUGUCCAUGCGUUGGUGCACAGGCUGGUGUCUGUGUGUGAUGCAGUCAUGUAGAUUGAUGUCCGUGUGCUGGUGCACAGGCUGGUGUCUGUGUGUGACGCAGUCAUGUAGAUUGAUGUCUGUGUGUUGGUGCACAGGCUGGUGUCUGUGUUUGACGCAGUCAUGUAGACUGAUGUCCGUGCGUUGGCGCACAGGCUGGUGUCUGUGUGUGACACAGUCAUGUAGAUUGAUGUCCGUGUGCUGGUGCACAGGCUGGUGUGUGUGUGUGACGCAGUCAUGUAGAUUGAUGUCCAUGUGUUGGUGCACAGGCUGGUGUCUGUGUGAUGCAGUCAUAUAGAUUGAUGUUGGUACACAGGCUGGUGUCUGUGUGUGACACAGUCCUGUAGAUUGAUGUCCGUGUGUUGGCGCACAGGCUGGUGUCUUUGUGUGACACAGUCAUGUAGAUUGAUGUCUGUACGUUGGUGCACAGGCUGGUGUCUGUGUGACGCAGUCAUGUAGAUUGAUGUCUGUACGUUGGUGCACAGGCUGGUGUCUGUGUGACGCAGUCAUGUAGAUUGAUGUCUGUACGUUGGUGCACAGGCUGGUGUCUGUGUAUGGCACAGUUCUGUAGAUUGAUGUCCGUGCGUUGGCGCACAGGCUGGUGUCUGUGUGUGACACAGUCCUGUAGAUUGAUGUCUGUGUGUUGGUGCACAGGCUGGUGUCUGUGUGACGCAGUCCUGUAGAUUGAUGUCUGUACGUUGGUGCACAGGCUGGUGUCUGUGUAUGGCACAGUUCUGUAGAUUGAUGUCCGUGCGUUGGCGCACAGGCUGGUGUCUGUGUGUGACACAGUCCUGUAGAUUGAUGUCCGUGUGUUGGUGCACAGGCUGGUGUCUGUGUGUGACGCAGUCAUGUAGAUUGAUGUCCGUGUGUUGGUGCACAGGCUGGUGUCUGUGUGUGACGCAGUCAUGUAGAUUGAUGUCCACGUGUUGGUGCACAGGCUGGUGUCUGUGUGACACAGUUGCGUGGGUUGAUGGUCAUCCGUUGGUGCACAGCGCAUGUAGAUGUCCAGCUAUCGUAGAAGAGCCCUCCUUGACCUGUGAACAGAUGGUAAUGUUAGGUCUGUGUUAGGGCCAUUGUAGGGCCGUGUAAGGCAUCCUCAAAACGAGUCUUGUAGCACCACUGGAAAAGGUAUCCCUUACUCAUUCAGCCAGUGUUGUUGAUCGUGAUGUUCAGGGCACUGGGCCCUCAGCUAGGCAGCUAGGAUGCAGUGAACAAACAACCAAACAUAGUUUCCUGCCGUUGGGGUCUUCCCUUGUAGCACAGGGACCAGUCGGCAGACCUGAAGGUCAGGGGGCAGCCGCCCAGUUACAGUUGCAAUCGAGUCGGUGGGUCUUAACUCCAAGCCCAGAGUGAGAAUGUGUAACCGAGCCUAACCUGGGCUGAGAGUUGGGAAGAGGUCGUUCUUUUGAGGCAGUAACCUCUAACCUGUGACUUGAAGGAGGAACAGGAGUUACAGGGUGGAUGGGAGAGGGGAGAGCCCCCUAACUAAGAGAUGACUGCUCCUCCUCAUGGGUCUGGGAGACCAAGAGGAAUAAAGGAGGCCAGCAGGGAGGGAGCAGCAGACGGCUGGAUGGGAGGGUGGGUGUGGUGGGCAGCAGGAAGCCUAGGAAGGGUCUGCAUUGGUGUGGGUGCCUGUGCCUCUGCAUGAGACAGACAGACAGGUGAGGCCAGCACAGACCAUGGACAGCAUGCCUGUUAUAGAUGGGAGGGACCUUUGGAGCUGCCAAACAGUGGAAGAGCUGGAUUUGGCCCCUGGCAGUGGGUUUUACCUGGUCACCAUAGUGUACUUUUUUUGUUGUUCAGUCUAGUGGAAGAAUGCUUACUUUUGGAAGGAUUUAUUGAUCUGGUAUUUAUGUCCAAUGCUGUUUGCUGCAGGCAGUGGGAAAUAAACAGGGUCCUUGGCUGUCACACAGAAGGGGUCAUAAGUAACAAGUUCGUGGGCACUGUAAUAGGAGCUAGUACUAGGGAAAGGUAGCAUUUGGAAAGUGGCUACACAGUGCUCAGUAAAAGGUAGCCCUGUGCGGUAGGUAUUUGCAGUCCCUGCAUGUACCUGAGGGAGCCACCUUUAUAGGGGUUAAGCUGCCAGGGAGGGGUCAAGCCACUGCCCAGGGUCCCUCAGCCAGGGAGCCUGGAGUGUGAUUCCAGUGUCUAACCAUUGCCUCCCACUAGCGUACACCCAAAGUCCCAUGGCAAUGUAAGGAGGAAAGGAGAAUUCUGAUGAGGGAUAUGGGGAGCUUUCUUUUUUCCUCCAGCCAGUGAAGACUAAGAGCAUUAGGGGAGGUAGGCCUGGUGAGGGUGAUGGGUUAUGAACUACGCCCCUGACUUUACUCUGGAAGAAUCAGCCUGUGUUUCCUUCUGCGGGGCAGCUGCAGUUCUCGCUUUGCCUCAGCUGCAGGAGGUGCGGUGCUUCCGUCAUCAUUGUAGUUUGUUUCCCUGAGUAGCCACAGUCCCACGCUGGAUUCGCCUCUUUAAAAACACUCAUGGUUUUAUGAUUACAACCCUUUCUGUCCUCACUGUUUUGUCCAGUCCACAGAUUAUGCAGAAGCCCCGGUGAGUAACUGCGUGAUCAUCUGAAAGGGACCAAAGGUCUUUUACAGCAUAACAUUGCACGCUUCUCCGAGGACCUGCUUUUUGAAUAAUCAACAGACUCUUCCCCCAGGAGUGGGCACAUCAGCCUGAGCGAUGGGGUUUGGCACGGGCACUUCUCUGGCACAAGUCACCCAGCCACAGGAGUGUUUUCAGACAGCAGGCCGCCGCCCAUGAGUGGGUUGUGAACUCUAGUGUGUUGUGAUCCUAUUUUUUUUUUUUCUUUGGCAGUUGCAUCAUUUGGCUCUUUUGAGCCCCAAUUCUUUCUUUUUUUUGGGCCAAUUAUUUUUUAAAUGAGAUGGACUGGACUAGAAAAUAUCAGAGUGCUGCCUCGUAUUUAGUGAAGAUACCAGUUCACAUUCUACGUAUGGCAUGCUUUUAUACCUGUGUCUGUGUCUGGAUUGCACUAUCAAAUGUAUUUCUCAUCUAGGUUGAAACAUAACAUUUUGAAGUCCUGUGGGGCAGGGCAGAGCUAGGUUUCGCAUCCAAGGCCCGAGAUCCCAUGUCGCCCACACAACCAUUUUUCCAGCUCUUUGGCACACCCAGCUCGUAGGAGUCCACUCGAGCAUGUGGGGGGUGGCGGGGGGGGGGCCCUUUCUGAACCACAGCACUGCCUGUGACCUGGAAGGGAGAGCGAUGGAGGCUUCAUCAGGUUCAGGUUCAACAUUUCUGGCAAGCCCCCUUCACAGAUGUGUGGGUGCAUCACACGGAACCUGGGCGAUUGGGCCCAAAGGCCAGUGACUAGUUAUCGUACUUUUGGAGAUGUUGGUUGAUCAGCGAGUUCAGGUGGUGUCAGCAGGACCCCUCCUUUUCUUAACCCCACCUCCCCAGCCCCAGAGCAGCGGGUUCUCCGUUGGGUGGUCUUUGGGUGGUCCAUGACCAUCCAGGCCUCAUCACCUGUGCAUCGUUGAUUAUUGUUGCUCGGUCAGGGACUUCACUAGAACAGCAGAGGGCGAUUUUUACCUGUGUUGAUGGUUGUACACUUAUUAGGAUUAUUCAUAAAGAAGAGCUUUCCCCAUCAACUGAGAUAGUCUGGUUUCCCUGAGAUAUAAUUUGUACAGGAAAGGUACGAUCCAUGCUUAAUUCUUUCCCUUUAAUUUCCCGUUUUCAGAGGCAGGAGUUUUAGGUUCAUGAUUGGCUUUCUCUUUUUCGAGCAUCAUCACGCACCUGUGGAUUUUCAUAGAUUCCGUGUGGUCGAGUCAGUGACACCCGUUACUCUUUUUCUUGCUCAAGUGGACUGAUCUUCGCCCUGUGGCAGCCGCUCAAGUGGGCCUUGGGGACCGAGGGAGGAGUGAACCUCCCACUGUGGGGGAAAGUCCUGUUUGUCUGGGUUUCUGUGAAUGUUUGCCCUGGAUUCUUGGAGGCUGUUAUGUGGUGCAUAGAGUUUAGAAUUGCUGUCUCUCUCUGAAAGUCAGAGCUUCUGAGACUCGAAGGAGGAAUAGGACUUACGGGGUGAACGGGAAAGGGGAGAGCUCGCCAAGCCAGGAGACGCCUGGGCAACCUGUUGGUCUCUAGGAAAGCCUUUGGCCUUUACUUGUUUUGUCUGAUACUAGUGUCGGUACUCAAGGUUUCUUCUCGAAUGUUUGCCUGAUGGAAUUUUUCCAUCCUUGACUUCCCAACAUUCUGAACAUUUAUGUUUAAGAUAGGCCUGUCAUCAACAGCAUAUGCCUGGAAUUAAAAAAAAAUCAAAUCACUGUCUUUUAGCUGGAGCAUGUUAAAUUUAUCAUAGUCAUAUAUAUGCAUGUGUAUGCACCCUGGUGGCGCAAUGAUUAAGUGCUACGGCUGCUAAACAGAAGGUUGGCAGUUCAGAUCUACUAGGUGCUCCUUGGAAACUCUAUGGGGCAGUUCUACUCUGUCCUUUGGGGUCGCCAUGAGUCGGAAUUGACUCCAGGGCAUUGGGUUUUUUGUUAUGUAUAUACACACAUAUUUAACAUUUUGGUCUUCAUUUUUGUCUUUUUAUUGCUUCUUGUCUUUCCUUUUAGGUUAAAGGAUUUUUUUUUUUUUUUAAUUCAAUUUUUUGUUCUCUACUGGUUUGGAAAAUACAUACUAUAUUUCUGUUCUCUUAGUGGGUGUCCUGGACAUUUCCCAGGGAGGCUUAUCGGGGUCUUAAGUUAAUGAUUGUGUUUAGGCACCCUGCCCCUGGUCCGUACUGAGACUUGGCACGCCAUCUCAGGUAGCCUCUUCUCAACUCAGAGGCUAUUUUUGUCAUGGAUUGUAGUUCCUGCUUUUUAUUUGUGGCCCUACAAGUCGUUAUGAUUAUUUUUCAUAUGGUCGACACUUGCUAAGAUUUGCUCAUUCAUUUGCUACUUUCUUGUUCCUUCUUGUAUCUCAAAUUACUUUGCUUUUGCUUCAGGCUCCUCCUUUGGAAUUUCCUUUGGUGGCAAAGUCUCUCAGUUUUUGUUUAUAAAUGGCUUUUCUCUCGUUCCUGAAAGGUAUGUUGCUGCCCGUGGAAUUCUAGAUGGAUGGUUAUUUUUUCGCAGUAGACAGAUUGUAUCCUGCCCUCUCUCUUUGGGCUUCCGCUGUUGAGGGUUAGUUCAUCAGUGCUCCUCCUCUGUCUCUCACGUGCUCCUCCUCUGUCUCUCACGUGCUCCUCCUCUGUCUCUCACGUGCUCCUCCUCUGUCUCUCAUGUGCUCCUCCUCUGCCUCUCACAUGCUCCUCCUCGGUCUCUCACCGUCCUCCUCCUCGGUCUCUCACCGUGCUCCUCCUCUGUCUCUCAUGUGUUCCUCUCUCACGUGCUCCUCCUCUGUCUCUCACGUGCUCCUCCUCUGCCUCUCACGUGCUCCUCCUCUGCCUCUCACGUGCUCCUCCUCUGCCUCUCACGUGCUCCUGCUCUGUCUCUCACGUGCUCCUCCUCUGCCUCUCACGUGCUCCUCCUCUGCCUCUCACAUGCUCCUCCUCUGCCUCUCACGUGCUCCUCCUCUGCCUCUCACGUGCUUCUCCUCUCUCACGUGCUCCUCCUCUGUCUCUCACGUGCUCCUCCUCUGCCUCUCACGUGCUCCUCCUCGGUCUCUCACCGUCCUCCUCCUCGGUCUCUCACCGUGCUCCUCCUCUGUCUCUCAUGUGCUCCUCUCUCACGUGCUCCUCCUCUGUCUCUCACUUGCUCCUCCUCUUCCUCUCACGUGCUCCUCCUCUGUCUCUCACGUGCUCCUCCUCUGUCUCUCACGUGCUCCUCCUCUGUCUCCCACGUGCUCCUCCUCUGUCUCUCACCGUGCUCCUCCUCUGUCUCUCACGUGCUCCUCUUUCACGUGCUCCUCCUCUGUCUCUCAUGUGCUCCUCCUCUCUCACGUGCUUCUCCUCUGUCUCUCAUGCGCUCCUUCUCUCUCUCAGGUUUUUCUUCUCUGUCUCUAGCUGCAUUCUGGACACUCUUUUCUGAUCUGUCUUCCAAUUUACUAUGUUUCUCUGUUACUUCUUUUAAAUUCAUCCAUUGAGUUUUUAGUGUAAAUUAUUUGAGACUUUAAUUUUAAUGACAGCUCUCUAACCUUGGACCAGUUGCUCAGCCUCUGUGCCUCCACAUCCUCAUUUGUAAAAUGGAGAUGAUACCUUUCUCCUGGGGUUGGUGCUCAUACCUGGGCGUGGCGUACAGAAGUACUGUGAACAUGCAAGCUGCUAGCGCCUUACGAGUUAUUUUUCGUUUCUCUCAAAACAAAACUUUGCUAUUAUUCCUCAUGGCCAUUUAUCAUUUUUGAAUACCUAUCUUUUUUUUUAAUUUUUUUCCCUUCCACACCAGCUGAGUGAUGGAAGCUGUGGGAGGGCUGAUUGUGCCCUCAGCCCGAGGGUGAGGCUGGCCCCUGGGCGGGACAGCAGGAGGCUGUAGUUAUGCAGAUGGGCAGGAAGGGUGCUCCAGGCCUAGGGCGGAGGCAGGGCAGCUGCUAGUUUGACAUGUUCAGGAGCUCGCCACAGUGAGUCCUGGGCCCUCUGAGAACCCUGACCAUCCCACAGUGGACUGAGUGGCCCCACCCUGCUGCUCGGAGCCUCUGCCUCCAUGUGACUUUUGGACACUGCACCCCAGUCACACCCUCUCUGCUCAUGGACCCUGCCUCCAUGUGACUUCUGGGAUCCUGUGCCCCGGCCAUGCCUCUCUGUCUCCUGGGCUGGUUUCUCCUCUUCUCUGUCAUCACUCCCUUUCCUGGGACCCCUGCCAGGUCCUGGCUUUAAACGCCCCAGGGACAAUGGGCGGUGGCUCUGGAAUCUGCUCCAGCUUCUCUCCUGAGCUCCAGUUCAUUCGUCAGCUGCUACCUGCCAUCUCCCCUGGAACGUACCAGACAUCUCAGACAUAGCAAUACAGAAUGGCCCCCAGUCCUUCCCCCACACCUGCCUCCCCUUGUCUAGAGUUGGAGUUUUCUCAUCUCAUGUGAUGGCAGCGCCAUCCUCUGUGCUGCUCAGACCGCAGCCUGGGGUGACCUUGUCUCUCCUAUCACACCCAGCACUUGGUCUGCCAGGAAAUCCUCUUGACUAAAACAGGUCAAAGCCUGAGUGUUUCUCAACCUCUGCAGCGCCCAGACUGCUACACGCUUGCCCGGUAGGUCCUCCUGCUGUGCUGAACGAGGGGCCACGUGUGAGUCAGACCACCGCCCACGCCAGCCCCUUGCCAACCCCAGCUGCUCACCAACCCCGGCUCUGCAUUUCUCUAAGAGCCAAAGCCAGAUGCCCUCCAGUAGCUCUCGAAGCCCCCACUUCUGGCUGCCGCCUCACCUCUCUGGCCUCUCUCCUGCUCCCCUGACUCACUUUGUUCUAGCCACGCUGCCUCCCCCCUGCCCCUGGACCUGCCAGGUAGCUCCUAGUUAGGCUCUUGACACAGGUGUUCCCUCCUCCCAACAAGCUCUUCCUUCUCCUAGGUUUAUGCCUCACACCUACAUGUCCUUCAGGUCUCUGCUUCUUAGUGAGGCCCACCUCACUGAAAAUGGCAGCUGUCCACAUGCCUCCCUCUGCCUUACUUUUCUACUUUUCACAUACCUUGUAAUUUACUGAUAUUCAUUACUUGUCUCCUUUUGUUAAAAUCUGCGCACCACGAGAACAAGGGUUUCCCACACACAGCUGAGUGGAGAGGUGUUCCAGAACAGCCCAUGCACCCCCGGGACUGCACAUCAGCACUCUCCGGUACCUGCUUUACCUCAUGUCUCCGUCUCCCCACCCCUCUGUCCAUCAGGGGCCCACUGUUGGCUUGGGUUUUGUUCUGUUUUCAUAGGGGCACGGAUUUUUGUGUCUCUGCCCCAGGAGUGAGUGGCUAAGGGGCCAUAUGCCAUGAAGUCCUGGGAGACCCAGCAGAGUCGUCAUUCCUCUGUCACGUCUUAGGUUCUGCCAUUUGCUUGGGAACAGUGGUUAUUGUCAUUUUGACUCAUUUUCCUCUCCUUCAGGUCUCCUCUGCAUACAGGCAACUGGGUUUAAUACUGUAACCUGUCAGCUUCCCUUAUUCAGGAUUCCCACGUCACCUAUGCGCCUCAGUAGCCUUGGGGCAUCCACACAUUUCGGCCUUAGGUGCCUGUCCUGUUGUGAAUAAUUAGAGGAAGAGUGCAGGGUGGGCUGUGCCAACAGGGAAGAUGGCUGACGGUCAGAGAAAGAGCCUCGAUUCUUGCAGUGAGGCCUUGGAAGAGGUUAGGAAAAGGGGAGGAGCAGCAAAGCGGGUCCUCUGGUGAGCAGGCCUGGGCCCCUGAGUCACAGAAGCGGGGGUGGCAGACUUGGGUGAAGGGCCAGAGAGAAGGCGUUCCUCUUGGGCUCACCCCAUCACAGACAGAGCGUUUGAGGCCACCAGCCCUCAUGGAUGAUGGUAGCUGCUCAGGGCGAUGGGUGAAUAGUGUGGAUGCUGUCGCUGACUUUUUAGAUGCAGGAGACACCGUUUAUUUAUUCAGCGAAUAUCAUUGAACAGGGCCAGGUGCCGGAGGCCAGCCAGGGUGGUGAGGGCUAGGGGGACGGCAGGAGGGCGGCGGCAGUCAGGGCUGCAUCCAGCCUUCAGUGUCUUUGCUGUCAAGGGAGGGAGAUAGGCCACUGAGUCCUAUCCCAUGGCAGUGUGGGACAAGAGGAGCUUGGUUUUUGGUUUUCGUUUUGCUUCUGAGUGCAAGAUCUCCCUCAGAGAGAGGAAGUGACAACGCAGAGAGAGAGGUAAGGGGCAUGAGGCGCUUGCCCCAGUUGGCAGCACAGCCCUGCUGGUGGUGGUGGGCAGAGAGAAGCCCGGCUGGGAGCCUGGCUGUGCCCGUAGUUGAGGGAGGAAAGAAGGCGGCUGGCUGGGAGCUCAGCUGGUGCCUGUGGUUGUGGGAGGGAGAGCAAGUGGCCAGCAGCCCAAGCUCAGUGGGUGGCCAGGCGUGCUGGGCCUUCUUCCUAGCUGCUUCUGGGUUCUUUGUUUUUUUGCUUUUUCCCAUUGCAAGAAACAAGGUCAUCACUGAGAGUGUGAAGGGGGUGCGAGGUAUGGUGAUGUGAGGAAAGAGCAUGUGGGAGGAGAGACUGGUUUGAUCUCUGGGCUCCCUAGGGGCCACGUGGAGCUCCUGGCCAUUGGAAGAGGGAUCACUCACUCACGAGUCAGGCUCCAUGGUGUCUCCAGCCACUCACGUGUGAGUACAGGCCAGGUUAGGUGGCGCAAUGAAUUUUCCUCCCCCUUUAUUUUGAAAGAUGGAGCCCUGGUGGUGCAGUGGUUAACCAUUUGGCUGCGAGCCACGUGACUUAUUCCUGGUGAUGUUGACCUUGAUCACCUGCCAGGGUAGUGUUUGCCAGGUUUCCUCAAAGUGUUACCCCCUUUCCAUAUUCAAUUUACGCUGUUUAAUUUGCUUAAAAAUCCAUGCUUCAUAUUAAUAAUUUUAUAUUUAAACUCUUGUUGAAAAAAUUAGAUCAUUUGAUCUUUUGAUGUAAUUUUCCCCGUUAAAAAGCAGUUGCAGUCUCUUGAAUGAAAAUCUACCAGUACCAGUUGUUGUCGCGUUGACUCAAUCCUGGUAACCCCAUGUGUGUCAUAGUAGAACUGUACUCUGUAGGGCUUUCAGCGGCUGAUUUUUUAGAAGUAGAUUGCCAGGCCUUUUGGACAGUUACUUCCCAGAAUAACUAAAUUAGGAUCUGGGCCAUGCACGUUAAUCCCCAUGAACUUGGCUAACGUGGUCUGUUCUACAAGAUAUAACCCACUCCUGGUGGCUGAGCAACAAAAUCAGUGACAGGCCCGACGCCUGGGCUGUGUCUAGACCAGGAGGAUGCAUGAGGCAGCACGUCCCAUGCGUGUGGGCGGCACAUGGCCUGGCGUCCCUGGGAGGAGAGUCCUAUGGUGGGAACCUGUUCAGCGGGUGGGCGGGCCAGCAGCUUCUCCACACCGGCCGGCCCAGCAUCUGCAUUAGCGCCGGGGAAGUUCCGACUCUCAGAGGGUGGCAGCCUGCAGUGCUGGGCCAAGGCCCUGUUUUGUUUUUCUUAUAAACAGGUGGAGAACGUUCAUGUUGCCAUAAAGCCAAUUUUAUGGUAAAUCCUUACCCAAGUAAUACAUAUAAUUAAUUAAAUUUUUGUUUUCAAGAAUUUUAUUGUGGGAAGAUACAAAUCACAGAAUAAUGGUCGUUUCAACCAUUUUUGUGUGUAUACUUGAGGGACUUUAGUUCCGGUCGUCCUGUUGUGCAGCCGUCAGUACUGUUUGAUGUUGUCUUUUUCAUCACCCUUCCCAGGAACUCAGUACCUCUUCAGCCACGGUGCCCAUCCGCCUCCCACCCACCCCUGGUAACCACAGAUGUGUUGGUCUCGGUGCAGGUGCCUGUUCUAGAUAUUUCAUGUGAGUGGGGUCCUGUGGUAUUUGUUCCUUCGUGUCUGAUGUUUUCAAGGUCCACCCAUAUCGUAGCGUGUCAGGAUGUCAUCGUUCUUUGUGGCUGAGUGGUAUUCCGUUGUAUGGGCGGACCACAUUGUGUGUUGCUGUGCACUUGGGCUCUCUCUACCGUUGGGCUCUUGUGAGUAGAGCUGCAGUGGACGGUGGUGUGCACACACCAGUCUCAGUCCCUGCUCUCAGGUCUUCUGGGUGUGGCCCAGGAGUGGAGUUGCUGAGUCAGGUGGCGACUCCAUGUUGAGCUGCGUCAGGAACUGGAGCCCUGUUUUCAAGGCCUUUCCUGGGCCCCCUGGUACCCUGUGGAACAUGCCCCGGCAGAUGCCACCCCAAGACAAAGCCGUCCUGCAAGGCCUCUCAAGAGGGAGCCGCAGCACUCCUCCUGGCAACCUCGGGCCUCGCGGGCAGCCUGCACCUCCAGCAGAAGCUACGCUGCUGGCCAGCCUGCUGGUGGGUAGACACACGUACCAGGACGCCUGGCUCUCCUGUGCUGCAUCUGCACGGGCCCAGAUGGCGUCAGGUGGCCUCCACUCGGGGCUUCCCACCCAGUGGGGCAGAGAUCAUGCACAGACAUGACAAUGUGGGGUGCCUGGCGGAUGUGCACCAGCCUGCCAGGAAAUUCUGUCCCAGUGUCCCAGCUGGGACCACACAGACCAGCUCUGAGAGCCCGUGGGUUCCUCUUUGACUGUCUCCAGCUAGCUCUCAGUGGUUUGGGUGUUUUCCAGGCCGAGAUGGGGAGACAGGCAGGAAACAACCUUUCCAAAGGAUGUUUGAAGGGCAGGCCAGGGAGUUCUCACGGGAGGAUGCUUGUGGACACAAAUGGGUUUGCUGACAGGGUGGUUGGAACUAGAGUUUAAAGAAUCUACAUAGCACCUCUGGUGCUGGCCUGGCGUAUCGUCAUGCAGGAGCCCAUGACACGGGCUGUUGUCGGGGUGGUCUGCACAGACAGAGGCCAGCACACUGGAUAUUCCACCCUCUCCCCACCAGCCCGGGGUAUCAGACUUGCCCUCGCUGGUGACGGUGCUCGGAAGUUGCAAUUUUGCCAAAACGCACACUGGUCACACACACAGUCCACACUGAAAACCCUCAGUCCUUCACGCCUGGGCAGAGCAGGGUCUGACAGACGUCCUCUCACCGUCUGGGAGCUCUGCUGCCACCAUGGUAUGCGUUUCUCCAGCUCCAGGGCACCCUUUCCCUUUCUCGUUCCUGCAGCUCUUCACCUUCACAUGCUUCCCCAGCCCAGAGGGUAGACAGCACCUCUUAGCAGUGAUGGGCCUGCACUGAGGUGUCCAGGCAGAGCAGAGUCAGCGUGACAUCGACUGGCUUCAGUUCACCUGCAAGCGGCCCUUGUGGCUGGCGUGUGGUUUCACUGCCAGGGCGGCCUUGCCUGCACUCUCUGGGCCUGCCCGGCUUGGACUCCAGGGCUGUGGGCUGGUUGGGGUUGGCACUGCCUUGCUGCAAGGCUGCUUGGCACCCUGGCUCUGGAAGUGCUCCCGGUGUCCCCCUAGAUGUAUCCCUGGAUGGCCGCCUUCGCUCAUUGCCAAGCGGAACCUGCCCUAGGGGCUACGCCCAGGAGUCCCUGCGAGCUCUUCCUGGUCCUUCCAGUUCUGUGAGGACUGUCCCUGUCAAGCACACACGGCCUCGGCUUUCUGGUCCACCCCGGCACCAGGCAUGCCUCCAGGCUCUGAGGGUCCUUCUCUUCUUGUUUUCAAGGCAGCAGUGUAGUAACAGAGGGUCAGAUGAGAAGCAGAAUGGCGUUUUUGUCUUGAAUCUGUUUACUUCUUUUCUUCCAGGGCACUUUUGAAUUUGAAGUGUUUCAGAUGGAAAUAUCCCAAGUGUAUCAGUGCAGAGAGUUUCCCAAAUGCCUGUAGAUCCAAGGCUCAGAUUUCACUUCAUUCAUUUGUUUGAGUAGGUGACUAUAGCUCAUAGGGCCUGCAUUCAUUUGUAGCGGUGUAGGGACAGACUGACCACAGACACAGAUGCGGAGCACGGUAACCCUUAAAACCACCUGCAGACAUCCCAUGGCUUUCUGAGUGUGCAAAGCCCUUGUAGGGGAAGCGUGUGAGGGCCAGCAGCGAGCUCUGGUUACGUGUGGCAUCUGCUGAGGGAGACGCGUGUGAGCAUCAGAGUGCUAGAGCCUCUGGGAGGUCAGGUUGGAAACCCUGGACCUUAUUGACCCCUUGUUUUACAGGUGAUGAAACUGAGAUCCAGCAGGGUCCAGGGACUUGGUCAAGGUCCUGAGUGGGGGGCAGGUGUGGGCCAAGACUCAGGGUCUCUUGACCACUCUGUGGACGGGUGGGUUCCAGGAAUACCAAGAAAGUUACUGUGUUGCGGGUCACCGGCCUGGCUAAUGGCCCCACCGUCUCCUAUCUCGGUGUCACAGGUGUACAUCGGCGAGCUCCCACAGGACUUCCUCCGCAUCACACCCACACAGCAGCAGCAGCAGAUCCAGCUGGACGCCCAGGCCGCACAGCAGCUGCAGUAUGGGGGCACCGUGGGCACCCUGGGCCGCCUCAGCAUUACUGUGGUGCAGGGAUGCCCGCUGUCUGCAGCCCCGGCAUGGUGCCCAUGGCCAUGCCAUCGCCCGCCAUGCCUGUGCAGCCCCGCUGUAACGAGGAGGACCUGAAAGCAAUCCAGGAUAUGUUCCCCAAUAUGGACAAGGAGGUGAUUCGCUCUGUGCUGGAGGCCCAGCGGGGGAGCAAGGAUGCAGCCAUCAACUCCCUGCUGCAGAUGGGCGAGGAGUCCUAGGGC